UGCACGUUACUUUCCGUUACAGUCAGGUAACCCACUGAGGACGAAGAACACAAAAAGACAGGACGGUGAAGGUCUGUCAGCUGUCUUGUCGACCUUAGCGAGGUAUACGAAGGAAAUACCCUUUAACUUUAUUCUCAUUUCCCAAAGUAACGUUGCAAAUUGCACAAUGGCAGGCGUUUUGGCUCGUAAAGCUGUGGACCAUCUUCGAAGCAAGGAAUUCAGAGACUAUUUGAUGAGCACGCAUUUCUGGGGACCUGUGGCUAACUGGGGCCUUCCCAUUGCUGCUAUCAGUGACAUGAAAAAAAGCCCAGAAAUAAUAAGUGGGAGAAUGACCUUUGCUCUCACCUGCUACUCACUCCUAUUCAUGAGGUUUGCUUAUAAAGUUCAGCCAAGGAACUGGCUUCUCUUCGCCUGCCAUAUAACUAAUGAAUGUGCUCAACUCGUACAAGGAGGAAGACUGAUUAAUUACAGAAUGGAAAAAAAGCAAGCAUAACUACGUGGAUACUGAAAUUCUUCAGAGAACCCCUUGUGUGCGCACCUUUGAUCCCAGCUCUCUCCCACACCUACGAAGCAUUCUCUGUUUAAACAUGCUUGAUUCUGGGUAUUUAGUUAUUUAGCUGGUUGUGAGAUUCAUUGCAUGCAUUAAUAAGGGAAACAUGCCAAUUGUGUUUUAUUCAGUCUGAUGUUUUUGGUUUUUGAAAUGAAUCCAAGAUGUGCCCUGUCAAAUUGGGCUUUUUCCAUGAGCAGUGUUUCCAUGCUGUUACAGGUCAUUUAUAGAAUGUACUAAAAGCAUUCCCACCAUGCACUGUUCAAAGAAAAGGCUGCUGUAAUUGCUGAAAAGUUCCUGUUUUUAAUGGGGUUGAUAUAAAUGGAUCAAGCCGUUUGUGUUAAACUGUUAUUUGACAAAUUAACAAUUUAACAAUGAAUGAAAAUGGUACAGUUUUUUGUCUGGGAAAUGCAAGUAAAAUGAGCUUGUACAAUGUAUAGACAACAGUCAGUUGGUGUUUAAAAUAUUUAUUCUGGUAAAAAAAACAAACUGAGACUGGUCACAUUUCUUUACAAAAAUACUUAUUUGACAAUUACAAAUCGUUAAAUGAUAGUUAAAGUAUUUUCGAACCAUUAUGUGAAGAGAACUUCUUCAGUGCAAUUAAAAAAACAUUACAUGGACAAUAUUAAUAAGAUAUUUUUGAAUGAAAGAAACAUUUUGGAAAGGAAUGAGCAAUACCGUUUUCAAGCUCAAUGUUUUGAACAAGUUUCAAGUUCAAAACAUUACCUCAUCUGAUUACCUUAAGUCAAGAUGCUUCACAUCAAAGUGUUGUAUGAUUGAGUCAGCUCUGAAAUUUCCUGUAGCUCUCAAAAACUGGUUGAAAAAAGAACACUAUUCAUUGGUGCAAUGUCAUUUAGAAUGCUAUGUAUUGCAAUAACCUAAUAUUAUUGUGGUUGAAAGGGAUAACCUCCAGUUAAAAUGUUAUGUUUACAAAUUAAACAGUUUCUGCUUU